AUGUCCGAGCAACAAACGGAUUCGUACGACUCGAGACCGGUAACGUCGAAGAAGUUAGAGAGACCGCCGUUUAAACUGUGUUUCUCGCGAAACCAGCAAAUCGGGAAAUCCGACGCUUGCAUAUCAAAAACGAACGGUACGCGAAGUUGCAAAUCAAUUGCAGCGGAUCUCGUCACGCCGAAAUUCUACUCGAGGGAACUCGAAGACGCGCAAAAUGCAGACGUAAGCGACACGCUUGAGAGACUCGCCACGGAACAAGAUAGGAAGCCGAGAAACCUAUACCAGUCGCCGUUAUUAACCAGCCACACUUAUGGUUGGUGGCACGACAAGGGGAUACAUCCGAAGGACGCGCGAUUUGACUUUCACAAGAGAACGUCCGACUUGCGCGAAGCCGCGAAGAACGUGGAAAAGGCGCGAAAUCGAGGUGCACAGUGAACGGCGCUGCUGUCGCGCGUCGCGCAUGCGUAGCGCGCGUUCCUGCCGUUUCGAUAUCUCGCCGCGUUCCCGCCUUUUGACGACCGGCCAAUGCGUCGUCUCAUCGAGCCGGCUCGGCGGGAUAAUCGCGCGCGCGCGGGAUGGAUAGCCGGAUCGCGCUGUCGAGCGAUUUGUUUUGCCAGAGCGGAGCGGUGCGGAGCGUGCCUUGGUGGGUGGAUUUUGGCCGACUCGCGGCGUUUUUCGCUAAGGAUGAGUUCGGGCAUUGCGAUCGAGCACACAAAACUGCACAAAAAGUCAGAGAAGUCCCGUUCGUCGAAAUCCCAGGAGUCCUCCGAAAGCAAACGAUUACGUUUGGACAAUGGCUGUAAUAACAAUUUAAACAACAGUCACUGUCAAAAUAGUACAAAGUGGCCAUAUUCUGGAGAUGCCAGUCUCAUUGAACCUGAAAUUCUAGAAGAUAUGGGCGUUAGCAUGUUGGAAGAUGGAGUAACAAAUUGUGAAAAUACAAAAAAACUACAAUCCGAAGAGUGUACAAUCUUAGCGGAGAAUUUAACUAGUAAUAAUAGAUCAGCAAUAGAUGAUUCUAAUAUCUUUGGAUAUCAAGAAGAGGUUUAUACAAGUUCUAGUUUAGGAAUUGCAACGUCAAACAGGGUCCAACAAGAUUCAUGUGAUACGGAUGAUUUAAUUGGAUUUGGUAGUACAGAGAAUGAAUCUGGCUAUUCUUCAAGAAUGGAAGCUGAAUACUUUGGGGAUUUAAAAGAGAGCUUUAGCAAAGAAAAGAGUAUCUCUGCCAAAAAAAAUGAGCAGUCUUGUUUAGAUCAAUUCUGUUUAUUUAGGAGAAAAAGAAGACCUUCUAUUUACGGCGAGGAUAAAUUUAAUAAAUUAUCGGACGAAAUAAUUUUAAUGAUAUUGAAAUGGUUACCCAAGAAAUGUUUGGUACGUUCUAUGCUAGUAUGCAAACGUUGGUGCCAAAUAGCUCAAGAUGAAGCAUUAUGGACUAGAUUAGAUAUGGGUAGUAAAGUUUUAAAUGAAGGCACAUUAGGGCAUAUAUUGCCACGAGGGAUACAAAUUUUAAGACUGGCACAAGCAGAAAUCGCGGAUCCUGUCUUUUGUGAAGGCAGCGAAGUUCUUAGCGAUUCAUAUAUCAGUAAAUUACAGUAUUUGGAUUUAUCUAUGGCGGUCAUAUCACCAAUGGGUUUGGCUGUCUUAUUAUCCAAGUGUAAAUAUCUGAAAAAAUUGUCGUUGGAAAAAUGUGUAGUAAAUAGAGAUUGCUGUAGAGUGAUUAAGCAAAACACUGAAUUAGAAAUUUUAAAUUUAACAAUGUGCGAGAAUAUAAACGUUGGAUGUAUUAUGGAUUUAAUGGAACUUAAAUGCUUAACUGCUCUGAAUAUAGCAUGGUGUUCUUUGGAUAACGAAUGUAUAACAUUACUUUGCAAAACAUUGCCAACGUCCAUUACACGCUUGAACUUAGCGGGUUGUAGAAAAACCAUGACUGAUGAGAACGUUAAGGACUUGUUAAGAAGGUGUCCGGAUAUUAUAGAAUUAGAUUUGAGUGAUUGCGCUAUGCUUACAAUGCAUACCGUCCAUAAUUUAUUAAACUUUUCAAAGCUUGAGCACUUAUCACUGAGCCGUUGUUACAGCAUUCCGCAAUCGGCAUAUAUUAGAUUAGCUACUAUGCCGUGUUUAUUAUAUUUAGAUGUUUUCGGUCUAAUGACGGAAUCAGUGCUUAAAUCAUUACAAGCUACUUGCCGUGAACCCGAAAUUAACAAGUACCUUUAUAGCUCUGUAGCGAGGCCAACAGUCGGUAUUCGAAGAACCAGUAUUUGGGGUCUUCGAGUUAGAGAUUAAAUUUAAUAUGUAGGCAAUUCAUCAAUUUAUAAGAGAUUUCAUCAAUAGAUCGAGGGAUGAAUUUGA